ACUAACUCUUAGAUUUUCUCUCUACUAGAGAGCAAUGUCGCAAGGUUGGGGAAGAAAACUCUGGGUUUGCGACCGUAGCUCUCGCUUUCCGGCCAGUACAGAGGUGCCUGAAGGCUGGUUGUGGUGGUGAGGCCUGAGGCAGGUCCAAACUCCUCUCUCUUUGCCAAUCCCUCAAACCUCUUGGAUGAGUAAAACAUACUAGCAAACAAAAAGGAAAGUCCUCAAGGCCCAGCUUCUGGAAUUUCUCAGCAGCCCUGGUCAGUACAAGAUGGACCCUGUAGUCUUGAGUUACAUGGACAGUCUACUGCGGCAAUCAGAUGUCUCACUAUUGGAUCCACCAAACUGGCUUAAUGACCAUAUUAUUGGGUUUGCCUUUGAGUACUUUGCCAACAGUCAAUUUCGUGACUGUUCUGACCAUGUCUGCUUCAUCAGCCCUGAAGUCACUCAGUUCAUCAAGUGCACUAGCAACCCAGCAGAGAUCGCCAUGUUCCUUGAGCCUCUGGACCUCCCCCACAAGAGAGUUAUAUUUUUAGCCAUCAAUGAUAACUCCAACCAUGCAGCUGGGGGAACCCACUGGAGUUUGUUGGUUUAUCACCAAGAUAAAAAUAGCUUUUGUCAUUAUGAUUCCCAUAGUAGGAGCAAUUCAGUCCACGCAAAGCAGGUAGCAGAGAAACUGGAGGUUUUCUUAAGCAGAAAAGGGGACAAAUUGGUCUUUGUGGAAGAGAGAGCCCCUGCUCAACAAAACAGCUAUGACUGUGGGAUGUAUGUGAUAUGUAACACUGAGGCCUUGUGUCACAACUUCUUCAGGCAGCAGACAGAAUCACUGCUGCAGCUACUUACGCCUGCAUACAUCACAGAGAAGAGAGGAGAAUGGAAAGACCUCAUUGACAGACUUGCUAAAAAUUAGCUGUUGAAAUGUAUUUUGAAGUCUCCUCUUUCUGCCCUUCCCCAUUUGUUGAUGACUGCAAUCUCAGUGCCUGAGGGAAGAUGCCUAGUAGAGGAAAGCUUAGUAUUCUUACUUUUUCCUGAACAAGUGUUAUCCUCUGCAUUAUCGUAAUGGACAGUUUCACUUUAACCCUGCCUUGAGAGCAAUAGGGUCUGUGAAAAUGUCUUGAAAUUAUACACCGAAACCUUACAACCAACUUAUCUGAACAUUUAUUACAAACAAGAUUCAAGUAAGACUUUUCUUACUGGUAUAAAAUUAAUUUCCUUUUGGUCUCCCUUAUCCACAUUGGCUUAUUCUAAAGGAAAAGUAGUGCUCUGGAAAAUAAAUCAAGAAUAUAUGAAAUCUAGAGGAAUGCAAGGAAGGAAACUAUAGAAUAGAACCAAAAACUUGUUGCAUGGCCUACAUAAUUAAAGAGAUCAACUGGCUGGAAACAGAUCAAGGCCUAACUUUAUUCAAGACCUAAAUAUUAUGAGAAUCAAUUAUUCAUUUUUUGGUGAUAUCUUGUCUAUUCACCAUGCAAAGGCUUUCCCAGGUAUCUGCAUAAUCUUUGCAAAUAUUUGAUGAGAUGAUGUUAGCCCAUUUUCCUCCAUCUGGUUCCUAUAAUACUCUAAGAAUGGGAAAUUUGAGUAAUUUCAUUAAGAUGAAUGGCUGUGGUGGA